UAGAGCUCAUACUCUCAACAGUACAGUUAGGAAGGAUCAUAUUGGUAUAUAGAGAAACAUUUCUUGUCUUUGCUGGGUUGGUGCGAAAUGGGAGGUUCAUCACCAUGUGCAUCCUGCAAAUUGUUGAGGCGCCGCUGCGCUAAGGACUGCAUCUUUGCCCCUUAUUUUCCUUCUGAUGACCCUAACAAGUUUGCCAUUGUUCAUAAGGUCUUUGGUGCUAGCAAUGUGAGCAAGAUGUUGCAGGAGCUGCCAGUCCAUCAGAGAGCUGAUGCUGUAAGUAGUCUGGUUUAUGAAGCAAAUUCAAGAGUGAGAGACCCAGUUUAUGGCUGUGUUGGUGCCAUAUCAUACCUUCUGAAUCAAGUUUCACAGUUGCAAAUGCAGCUGGCAGUGGCUCAAGCAGAGAUACUUCGCAUUCAGAUGCAGCAGCAGGAUCCUGUCUUACCUUUUAACCUGACAGACUCAGUUGAUGAUCAUAAAUCACCACUCCUAUUACCCAGUAAUAACUUCGAUAGCCUUCCUCAUCAUCAGUACCUCAGCUUUGGCAGCUCUAGCAGUGUAAUCCAAGACCCUCUUAAGAGAGAGUCUCCAUGAGAGAGCGAGAGAGAGCGAGGGGGGUGGAUUUAAAUCCUUAAUUAGUCGGUGGAGAAACAGAAGCUUUGAGCCAAGUUUUCGUGGUCAAGCCUGAAACCAGGGCAUUUGAGAGAUGGGAGUAUAGACUAGGGUUUUUGAAAGCUUCUCCUAAAUUCUUGAUCAAGAAGCUGCAUGUGAUAUGUUGACAUGA